AUGAUGUUCGGCUCGCCCAAAGCCCUUGCGGCUGCCGUUCUGUCCCUGGGCCUUGCGUCGUCGGCCCUGGCAGAUAGCAACACCGCGGCCCCUCACCCUGCGACCACCUUCGCCGAGUGCCAGAGCUACACGAAAAACCCCCUCCAGGGCUGUCCCGAGGGCACCAUCUACGUUGCCCUCAAUGAUACCCGCGCCCAGUUCCACUCCAUCCAGUCCGCCAUCCUUUCCCUGCCCAACAACUCGGUCCCUUACUACAUUCUUAUCGGCGCUGGCAGCUACGUCGAGCAGCUCAAUGUGACGCGCGUCGGGCCGCUCUACCUGCUGGGUCAGUCCGACCUCCCUGCCCAGGGCAAGACGUACGCCGCCGACGUCAGCUACAACCGCACCGCCCAGAACGAUGUCCAGGUCUGGUGGAACGAUGCCAAUGUCGGCGGUGACCUGUACUCGGACAACGUCUAUACCGGCGUCCUCACCAUCGGUCCGACCCUCGAUGCCACCCUGACUGGUUCUGGAACCACGGGUUUCGCUGUGCCUGACGGAACUCCCUUCGGCACGAGGGACUUUAGGGCCUACAACAUUGACUUUAGAAACGAGUACGCUCCGUACAGUGAUGGGCCUGCGCACGCCAUGGGUGUGUCGAGGGCGAAUGCUGGGUUCUACUCGUGUGGCUUCUACAGCUGGCAGGAUACGAUCUACGUUGGAAAGCUGGGCAAUGCCUACUUCUACGAUGUUGUCGUGGCUGGUGAGACAGACUUCCUGUAUGGCUUUGGAACGCUCUAUAUCACCAAAUCGACACUGUCGCUGCGGCACUGUGGCGGUGGCAUCACAGCCUGGAAGGGAACCAACACCACCUUCACCAACAAGUAUGGUGUCUACAUCGAUGCCACACAGGUGAUUGCCAACAAUUGGACCACCAAGGCCGAGGUUGAGGGAGAGUGUGCUCUGGGUCGCCCCUGGAAUGAUGCCCACAGGUCCAUCUUCAUGGACAGCUACUUGGACUCCUCGAUUCUGCCUGCUGGCUACAUUGAAUGGGAGGCGACUCUGCCCAGGGUGGACAACUACACCUUCAUGGCCACCUGGAAUGACUAUGGCCCUGGAUACAAUGUCUCUGCCGAGGAGGCAAGCAAUAUCACAAUUGUGUUGAACAACACUGCCGUGGCGCCCUAUAGAUGGCCUGUGGAUGUAUUUCUGCAGAGCAAUGGGAGCACAGGCAACACCUGGUGGGUUGACCAGAGCGUGUUAGUACCUUUCUGA